UAACCUGCUUUAUUUAUCUAUGGAUGUUAAUUUACUGAAUGUUUUAUUUAGGUUUAGGUUUCUGUAUAAAUUUAUCUGUAUUGUUUAUCAUUUACAAUGAAUGAAACAUUGAAUGAUGAAGGGCAACAAUCCUUUCAUAGUGAAGUGUCGAUACCAAUGGAGAUAGUCUUUAUGGGCUUAAAGUAGUGGUGAAAAAUUCAAUUUUCAAACUAAAAUUAAACGAAUUACGUUUAUUUAUGAGUCGAAGCAAUUUAUCAAAAUGAAUUUACUCGCUCAAUUUAUCAGCUGAUUUAAUAUCAAUUGUUGUUUUUCAUUUCUCUAUCUCCAUAGUCAUGGUAAAUAUUUCAUUUUAUCAAAAAUGUUGUUGUUAUAAAUCCUAUCUAUCGGUGAAGUACCAUUCUAAAUUAGUAAGAUUACUUGAUCAAUUAUUCAACUGCCUGUUAUAAUUUCGAUGAGCCAUUCAAGUAGUUCAAGUUUUCUGCUGAAUGAUCGUCAUCGUUUAUCUUUAUCGAACUCAUUUUACACCCAAUAACCACUCAACGAAACCAACCAGACAUCGUGUUAUCAAGUGAAAUUUGUCAAAAAAAGGAUACCCAUUAAUUCGUCUCCAAUUUGUUUAAAUCAUCAUUUAACGCCAACUCAUCUCGUCUGAUUUUCAAUUUAAUCAUUGCUGUUCAGUGUUGCAGUUUUAGUCUUUCAACCCUUUGCCAUAAAAAAAUAAACAACCAACAAAAAUAAUUCAAUAGACAAACAGAAUUGAAGAUGGCGGAUAAUUACACAGAGAAAUUGGAACAAUUAAAGUCUCGAUUCGCCGAGGAAGGAAUAAGUCCAAUCGUAGAUGAUCCAGAAUAUUUAAUCAAGUUUCUUCAAGCUCGCUUACUUGAUGUUGAGAAAACAGUUGUUUUAAUGAAGUGUUAUCUUGAUUAUAAAGCUGGGAAUCCAAAUAUGUUUAGUUUACCAUCUCGUAUUAAACAAAUUUUUGAUACAAAUUUGAUGAAAAUAUUGAAUACACGAUCAAAUUCUGGAGAAGCAUUGAUUCUGUUCAGACCUGGCGCUUGGAAUCCAAGUUUAUUUAAUUUUGAUUCAAUUCUAUCAGCCGCCUUGAUUAGUCUGGAAAUGGCGGCAUUGAGUCCAGAGAGUCAAAAAUGUGGCCUUAUAAUGAUAUCAGAUAUGGAAUCGUUUGGCUGGAAACAAUUGAAACACUUUACUCCGUUCCAAGCUAAAAAACUGGCCAAUAUCAUGGAGAAAAUAAUUCCACUUAGAGUUAAUGCCAUUACCAUUUUCAAUCAAUCUAAAUUUGCUGAAUUGGCUUGGACUGUGAUAAAACCUUUCCUCAGCGAACAUCUGAGAUCAAGAGUUACAUUUCAUGGAGCUGAUUAUAAACACCUUGAAGGUUUCGUUCAAGAUUACAAAUCAUUACCUGAUUCACUUGGCGGACAAGGAGGUCAACUUGAUUGUUCAGACUUCUAUCUCAAUUUAGCCAACAAUGAAAGCCUUUUCAAAUCAUUUGGUUAUUCAUAGUUUUACUCACUUGUUUGUUUCUUUGACAAAAUUAUCUUGACACGAUUGAGGCCAUCAAAUUGCCAUCCUUUUAGACGAACAGAAAUGUAAGAUAUAUUACUAUAAAUUAAAUUGUAAUUCAAUAUCAUUGUUAUUCUGAUCAUGGAUUUGAAUUUUCCAUGCGAUUUUCCAGAUGAAAGCGCAUCGUUUUUAUUAUACAUUCACUGCUAUCAACAGAUAAUCCUUUUCAAUGGAAAAUCUCAAGACAAGACAUUUAUAUAAACAAUUGUUAACAAAUAAAUUCAAUUUCAAAUAAAGGAUAUAUUGAGAUUCA